AUGACCUCCCGGCCCCCAUUGGGCGUCCAGCAGCGGCCGCCCCAGCGCAAGCUCAGCAACCCGAGCCUGUCGCAGCGGCCGCCGGCGCACCAGCGUGCCCUAUCGCAGCAGUAUCUGCCUCCCUCGCCGAUUCGAAAGGAGACCACCUUCCACGACUUGGGCCCCCCCGAUCCGGCAGAUGCCGCUCAGCAGCCCCGCUUCCCGUCCCAGCGCCGGGGUGGCUCGCGCCUCAAGCUUGAGCUGUCCCACGGCACUCCCGACUCUGUCAUCACCCAGAUCGCCUUCAGCGAGUCUCCCAACGCUAUCGAGUCCUCCAAGCCCGCCACUCCCUCGCGCAGCAAUGCACCGCCAACCGAGCCCUCGGACCUGAGCGACAUGAGCCCUGGCUUCUCGACUCAAGCCCCUACUCUCGACGUUGAUGCUCCCUUGCCCAUGCCCCAGCGCCGCCACCGCUUCACGGUCGACAUGCCUCGCCGGGAACCUGCGUCUGCCGCUGCAACCACCGCCAAGAAGGACACCCGUCCGAAACCCUACACCGUCGAGAUCCCCGCGAUCGCUCCACGGUACAAUGUCCUUGGCAAGAACGAAGCUGCAGCGAGCGUGGGAUCGGGCUCGGGUGCCGGCAGUAAUCUCGGUCCUCCGCCUUUGGUCGGCCAUGCCGAUUUCUUCCCGUGGUCUGGCGGCCAUCCCGAAGAUCAGUGGUCCGAGUCCAUCAUCCGGCAUGGUCAUUUUGAUAAGGCGUCCCCGGCCCAGGACGAAUCGAAGCAGGCCAAAUCCAUACUGUCAACAGCCCUCAAACACAAAAGCGGGUUGCACGUGCUGUCGACUAUCUUCACGGGCGUGCUAGGGCAGAGGAGACACGGGGGGCAGAUCACGGCGCCCUCCACUUUCAAACCCCCUCCUCGCGUCACCCUCACAGACACUAAGCGUGAAAUGUGGCUCAAGGAUUUGGCCAACCCCGCCAUCUCGCUCCGCCGCUUGAGUCGAACCAUACCUCACGGCAUCCGGGGAAAGGUCAUGCUCGAUCAGUGUUUGAACAAGAACGUGCCCACCGAUCGUGCGGUUUGGCUGACAAAGUGUGUCGGUGCCAACGAGUUGCGAGCUACCAAGAGAAAGGGGCCCUAUCUCAUGGGAGGCGAGGCCAGGUGGGUCAGAGAAUGGACUAUCUGCGUUGAGCAGUUCAUCGAGGGCGUCGCUUUUGCCUUUGACGAAGAGGACUGGAAAGCAAAGGUGAAUUAUGCGAUCCGGCUGGCAACACAUCUCUACGCCGAGCAACUCCUUGACCGUGAACACUACAUGGAGUGGCUCGUGUCAAGCCUCGAGAACAGCCACCAGGGCAAACUCCCCAUGUGGAUACUCAUCACUCAAAUAUACCGGAACGACCUGCUUCGGCUGAGGAAGUAUGGUCGUCGGCUAGUCACUGCCCUGAUCAGUCACAACUGCGUGAUCCAAAACCACAUAGACAAAGACCUAUUUACCCCUGUGUUCUCUAAGCUGUCGCUGCUACUCAAUUCUCUGAUACUAAGCAGCCCGGAGAAUUUUCUCUCUCCGUCUAUCUGGUCAAAGUAUCGGGACUCGCUAAGGGCUUGCUUACCUGCUGGUGACGAAGCCCGGCAAGCCUCCUUCAUGAUCAUUAACGAGCGAAACGAGCAACUCGUAGCAUCGGCCAACAGGUCCCAGCCUGCCGCUCGCCAAAGCUUGGUUCGGAUGCUGGAUAGGACCUUGCAAACACCGAUGCCCGGUGACCUUCCGGCCCAGUGUUGGGAUAUUUCCCAAGACAAGGCGGCCCUCGCCAAGGCUCUCCUCGAGUGGUGUACGUCUUUGUACAGGCCCGGUCUUGCAAAGGUCUAUGUCGCGAGCCGCAUCUUGCGUCACUGGAGCACCCUCGGUGUUGACGCUACCAGAUCAGUCUUGGACUUCCUUGACACGGAUAUCUUCGAAGAGCAAGGUCGGAAAGAUGCCCUCUACCACCUGGCGUGCGAGCUUGUCCGCUCCGGCAUAUUCUCCAUCCCUCGCUAUGUUCAGUGGCUCAUCGCCCGCGGCGGCCUCUCCAGACCGCAGGAUGUGCUCCCCGAUGGGCCCGUGGGCACGCGUCUUUUUGUUGAACUUCCGACGCAUGCCCUUACCGGGUCGCAGAAAAACACCAGGCGCGGCAUGCUCUUGCGCGCCUCUUUCAGCGUGGAUGACGAAGCACGAGAUGUCGAACUUGCCACAAAGCAUGUGAUGCAUACGCUGGGGUUGCCGAUAGAUGCGGCGGACCCUAUCCUGCAACGGAAGCCCUUGACGCUCGGCAAGUUGUCUAAGCGCAUCCGAAUCAGCGGCCGGGGGCUCAAAGCCGAGAUAGGCUAUUGGCUUCGACGCAUCCUCAGGUCCAACACCAAGCAGAAGGAGAAGGAGGGAGGGUCCACCAUGUCCCCUGCCAUGUUCAGCUCUAUCCGGGCUGUGCUCGAAGCAACCGAAGACUUCUCAAUGGGCGUCGACAUCCUAAAAGCACUGACAGAGCAGUCCAAUGUUGACGUGCUUGCCGCGAUUGCCGACACUGUUAGCCGCCACCUGUUUGUCUUCGCCGCACUCGACGCUUCGAAGCCUCUGUUUGACGGUCUCUACAAGCGACUCAAGGCUGUCGUUCAAGACCAGGGGAUAGGGGCCCGGCCGCUGCUUGCGUCGCUCGUUGGCCUCUCUCCGAGAAUCCCUGGCCAGGAGGCGUUGGCCGCGCAACUGAAGAUGGAUCUGGCAGUGAGCGACCGUCGGAAUCCUGUAGAUGCGUGCUCGCCCGUGUCGGACAACAUGGCGGCUCGCCUCCACGACGACGAUGGCGACCUGGUAGAGGAGAUCGAGAAGUUGUUGGCUGGAGGCACUAGUCUUGAUCCCAACACCAUGGACCGCCUAUUCCAGGCGGUCGCCCAGCGGCUGCAGAGCUGCUGGGGCAAGGCUGGCGACAAACAGCGCAGAUACAGUGCCCUCCUCACCCGGUUGCGUAUGUUCGAUGUGCAAUCUUUCGACGGUAUCAUGACCAAAUGGCUGUUCUAUCUUCGCACGAUCAGCAAACGACCAUCAAUCCUGCGGAUUUUUCCUCUCCUUGUGUCUGUGGGCUGUUUGAGCAUGGCAACUAUCUUGGCAACAACGGCAGAGUCCCCGGGCGCCCAAGGAACGGGGUUUGCUCGUCCGUCUGGUCCGGGUGCUUCUGGGCCGCAGGUUGUGCAAAUGACAUACCGGACUCGCUACAUGCAAGAGGCUCUCCAGUUGUUCAUGACGCCGAUACCACAAGACGACCUCCUCUUACCUGAAGAGUGCUACCGGUUCUGUAUUCUCCAGGACCAGACGCACCAAGACCAUCCCAAGGAGCUUCUAAGCCUCAUUCGCCUUGCCCUGGCCGAGUACUCGUACGCCCGGGCUCAGAACGAUACCGAAAACCUACCAAUGGACGACGCCGAUACCAAAGACCGCCUGCUUUCCCUAAUCAGGCUGCUCGUGCUGAAGGACGCGAUGGGCGUUGCCCGGGCGUUGGCUAUCAAGGGUCCAGAUUCCCAUAUUUGCAGCUGGAUCGACUGCAUAACAACUAGGUUCUUGAUCCCGACGGCAGACCCACAGACCCGUGUCACCUUUGAUCAGGUUCUAGAGCUCACGAACGAGUUCACCCUGCCCUUUUGCCAGUUGAAGCUUUCCUUGAGCCUAGCCAAUGAUCAGAACAGCCAAGAGGCUGCCGAGCGGCAACAAUCGCACCUCGAGCUCUUCACAAACGCCAUGGACAAGGCAAUCGAGGCAAAAAAUAUCUCGUGGACGGGCAUGUUGUCGUCAUUGAGCCCAGAGAUAACGCACCACCUAAAGAGCCGCGCCCAGAGUCGAUUCUUAGACCUUAUUCCGUCUCCUGCGAACCCCUUACCGACAGAGCGGCCUCUAGAACAGACGAUCCAAAUGGCAGCAAAUCUACUGUCAGUUGUCGACGCCAUCAUUCGUGGCGGCUCCAUGGUCAGGCAACCUCAACUUGUCCCUGCCAUGGUUGACAAAUUCACCGACCUCUGGGAGAUUCUGGCCACGUCCGGGGCCGAGGCCAAGCCACCGGUGCUCAACCACUGGCUCCCUUUUCUAUUAACCUUCAUCAUGCUCCAUGCGCAGACAUUUGACGCGAGUAAGCCGGGCAACGAGUUACGCGCCAAGGCGCUAAUAGUGUGUGCUGGUUUGAUCCAAGAGCUUGAUGCAUUGCACGGGCCUAGCAUCGACACCAGGGCCUUGAGCAGCCGCAUAUUCGACCUUGCCUGCCACCUGGUUGACAACCUGGCCGAAGACUCGCGCCUCAUCUGUGUCCGGGCGCUCAAGGAUAGCACAUCGGACGCUCGGCUCCGUUACAUUUUCAGCUUCUCGUCGGGCCCCACCGAAACCCUCAUGCUCUGCCACAGAGAUAAACCGCCUUCAGCAGCCGCUGCCGGUGGACCUCCCAACCGCCCCAACUGGCCGCUAGGUGGAGGCCUGAUGAGUGUGCCUGCCGCCUUGUGGGGCCUCGAACGUCCGACCCCUGAGCGGCUGUCAGUGUUCAACUUCCGCCGCUGGGAGAUCCUGAACGAGCCCACGCCGAACGUCGGAGAAAACGACACGGCGCUAAGUCUUGGCCUUUUCGAAGCAAGAAAGAUCAGAUAG